UUUUAUUUAUAACUUUAAUUCACCAUUAAUAAGUUUUAUAAUAAAAUACAAUUAAUUCACAAUUAGAAAUUUUUGUGAUUAUGGUCAAUUCAUUAUUAAUGAACGUUAUAAUAAUAUUAAUAAAAAUAAAAUCAAAUGCGUGGCUAAGCCCCAAAAAUUAGAAAACCGUGUUCCAAAUUUGACCAACGGCACCGACCCAAACAACACUAUCCAAUAAGUCAAUAUCCCUUCCCUUCUUCCAGCCAUCAUUUCCAAGAUUUCAAUUCUUUCUUCCCCAAACAGAAUUUUCCAAAAUCUCCCAAAUCCGCAGAAGAAGAAGAAUUCCGGCAUGGACAGGGAGCAGGAAGAAAUCCAAUUCCUAGGGUUCUUCGGAAUCCUGCAGGAAUCGUGCAACAUAGUGGCGUCGUGGAAGAAGAUCUUCGCCCAAAUCACGGUAGCCCUAAUCAUCCCCCUCUCCUUCAUCUACCUCGCGCACAUCGAGAUCUCGGAGCUCCUCUUCACCAAGAUCAUGCACAACGAAUUCAUCCUCGACCAGACCCCGGAGGGCACCGGCGCCUACGACCGCCUCAGCGCCCUCCUCUCCUCCGAGCUCACCACCUUCUUCCUCUUCAAGAUCGGCUACUUCAUCUUCUUCAUCGUCCUCGCCCUCCUCUCCACCUCCGCCGUCGUCUACACCGUCGCCUGCAUCUACACCGCGCGCGACCUCUCCCUCCGCACCAUCGUCAGCGUCGUCCCCAUCGUCUGGCGCCGCCUCAUCGUCACCUUCAUCUGGAACUUCGUCAUCGUCUUCGCCUACAACGUCGCCUCCCUCGUCGUCCUCGUCGUCGGCGCCGUCGUCCUCGGCCAGAUCCCGAUCCUCGGCCCGGCCUUCCUCAUCGCCGGCGCCGCGGCGUACCUGGUCGGCUUCCUGUACAUCACCAUCAUCUGGCACGUGGCGACGGUGGUGUCGGUGCUGGAGGAGAGCUACGGGCUGAACGCGAUGACGAAGAGCCAGGAUCUGAUCAAGGGGAAGAUGGGGGUGGCCUUCGCCGUGUUCAUGGUGAUCGGGGUGUGCUUCUUCGCGAUCCAGCUGAUGUUCGAGGUGCUGGUGGUGCAGGGCGACGGCGGCGCCGGGGAUCGGAUCGGGUACGGCGUCGUCUGCCUCGUGCUGCUGUCGGUGGUGAUGCUGUUUGGGCUGAUCGCGCAGACGAUCAUCUACUUGGUGUGCAAGUCGUAUCACCAUCAGAACAUCGACAAGUCGCUGCUGGCGGAUCAUCUCGGCGGAUAUCUCGGGGAGUAUGUGCCGCUCAAGGCCAGGGAUGUGCAGCUUCACCACUUUGAGAUUUGAUCAUGCUUUGAUAAUUGAUGCUUCGAUUCGAUUUCUUGCAUAUAAUAUACAUACGUAUAUUCACAGACUAAUUUUUCUACAUUUUUCUUGUGUGUUUCUCUGCCAAGAAAUUCAUCAGCUUAGCUUAGGAUAGGUGUAAAAUUUGUUGUCUAGUUCAAUAAUUAGUGUUGCAUUUAUUCGUGUACAGUUAUGCCUGUGAUUAUCAAUCAUCAUCCCAUUCAAUUCAA